ACGGAAGCAAAACCCUGGGCAGAGCCAGCUGCAGCCACAGUGUGAGUGCUGCAGGCCACAUUCGAACCCAGCUCUCGGAGGGGAGCAGGGGCCAGUGGCCCCCGCUUUGCCCCCCAGCCUGGGAUGGACGUGGGUGCCUACCUCUCCCGGAUUGGUUACCAGGGCCCGAAGGAGCCCACCCUGGAGACCCUGCAGGGGCUGCACCGUUGCCACCUGUUCUUGGUGCCCUUUGAGAGCCUGAGUGUGCACUGCGGGGAGCCCAUCACCCUGGCGUUGCCCCUGCUCUAUGACAAGAUCGUCUGCCGGCAGCGCGGCGGCUUCUGCUACGAGAACAACGGGCUCUUCCUGUGGCUGCUGCGGGCGCUGGGCUUCUGCGUGGUGGGGCUGGCCGGCCGCGUCCGGAACCGCUUCACGGGGCGCCUCGGGCCACCCCGUGACCACUUGGUGCUGCUGGUGCGGCUGGGGGGCCAGCGCUUCCUGUGCGACGUGGGCUUCGGGGACGGCUUCCUGGAGCCCCUGCGGCUGGAGCCGGGCCUGGAGCAGCCGCAGGAGGGCGGCACCUUCCGGCUGAGCCUGGCGGGGGGCGUCUGGGCGCUGGAGCGGCUGCAGGCGCCCGGCAAGGGGGGGCAGCUGCUCUACACCUUCACGUUGGAGGAGCGGGAGCUGGGAGACUUCGCCGCCAUGUGCUGCUACCACCAGCAGGCCCCCAGCUCCAUCUUCGCCUGCAAGUCCUUCUGCAGCCUGCCCCAGCCGGGCGGCGGCCGCCUCACCUACAUGGGCUGGCGCCUCAUCGCCACGCGGGGCGGGGAGCGCACGGAGACCCCCCUGCAGCCCCACGAGAUCCCCACCCUGCUGCAGCACACCUUCGGGGCCCAGCUGAGCGGGACCUUGGUGCCCAAGGACCAGGCCAUCCAGCCACCCCCGGAAGGGGAGGAGAUGGAGCAGCUCCCCUCCUCUGACUGAAGACGCUCUGAGAAACGAGGUGGGGGGGACAGACCCAGAGACACCCCUGACAGCACCCUUGGGUGCCCAGCUAAGAGAGCUGUAAAACAGGCCAGCCAAGCAGAAACCUGGAUGGAGGGAGCUCCUGGGCCCAAAGGGAAGAGCAAGGUGUGGGCUGGGAGCCAGGACUCCUGGCUUCAAUCGCCAGCUCUGGGUGGGGAGCAGUGGCUACUGGGUUGGGGGCGGGGGGGUCAGGACUCCUGGGUUCCAUCGCUGGCUCAAACACUGACUCUAUGAUCCUGGGUGGGUCCAUCCCUGCUGUGGAUUGCGC